CGUUCUACAACCCUGGAGUAUAGAAGGCGGACUGUACCGGGAUUUACCGUCCACGUUUUGUUCGCGGGCUGGCUGGGUGUUGCUCGGCUCUCCGGACUGUAGCUGAUCUGAUCUGAUCUGAUUGGUUUGGAUCGGAUCGCUCCGUGUAUGUAGUUGUUUUGUCUGGGUGUGAAAGGCGCACGGAGGCUGUUGUGUGUGUGUGGAUGAGCGCGGCGGCUGUGCUACAUUAGAACCGCUGCGACUGACAGCCAGUCUGCACUUCACUCCAAGAUGGCCGCUUGGUGGGUAGCUUUCGUAUUUUGCUGAUCCACUCUCAAGUUUCGACGGGUUCCCAAAAACUGAGGAGGUAUUAUCACGGAAAACGAGCAGGUGCGGAAUCCACAUGACGAUGCACCGAACCACGCGGAUUAAGAUCACGGAGCUGAACCAGCACCUGAUGUGCGUGUUGUGCGGUGGUUAUUUCAUCGAUGCCACCACCAUCGUGGAGUGUCUGCACUCCUUUUGUAAAAUGUGCAUCGUGCGCUAUUUAGAAACCAGCAAGUACUGCCCCAUAUGUGAUGUGCAAGUGCACAAAACCAAACCGCUGCUCAACAUCAGAUCAGAUAAAACCCUCCAGGAUAUUGUGUAUAAGCUGGUGCCUGGUCUGUUCAAAAAUGAAAUGAAACGAAGAAGGGACUUUUAUGCAGCACAUCCAGUUGACGCAGCUAAUGGCUCAAAUGAAGAUCGGGGUGAAGUGGCUGAUGAGGACAAAAGAAUUAUAGCUGAUGACGAGAUCAUCAGCCUUUCUAUUGAGUUUUUUGAUCGGAACAGAUGUGAAAGUGGUGACGGCAAAGACAAAGAAAGCACAAAAGAGAUGAAUGUAAAGCGAUAUUUGCAGUGCCCUGCUGCCAUGACAGUGAUGCAUAUCAGGAAGUUUCUUCGAAGUAAAAUGGAUAUUCCCUGCACCUUCCAGAUUGAAGUCAUGUACGAAGACGAGCCUCUAAAAGAUUACUACACACUAAUGGAUAUUGCUUACAUCUACACCUGGAGGAGGAAUGGGCCACUGCCUCUGAAGUACAGAGUUCGUCCCAGCUGUAAGAAGCUGAAGUUGGGUGGCAUGCCAGGCUGUGGGAUUAUAGGCCAAAAGCCUGAUACAGAGAGUGACUCAGGCAGUGAAAAGCCCAACAGUCCCUCCUUUCGUUCUCCAGCUCCUUCUACAUCUUCCAGUCUGUCAAGUCCAAAUGCUCCAAUCAAAUCCUCACACUUCCCUCAUCUCUCACCAGUCAACGGAGUCUCUACCAAAGCCGGCCCCAACGGCCAAGUCUCGUUCGGCAACAAAUCCAGCAAGGGCGCACUCAACGGCUCCAGCUCUCUGGGGUAACACAAGGACUUAUGGACGCAAAAAUCAAACAUCCCACUUCAGAGAAGCUCAUGCAAACUUUGAACUUUCCUAUGAAUGAAGAUGUAAGGAAGUACUGUGCAGUUUUUUUUACAUAUCUGCGAUUGUGAGACUGCAUGAGACUGAAGUUUAUUUUCAAACCACCUUGUUUCUUUUUAUUAUAUAUGUUUAGACGUAUACCUGUUUUUGACACAAUGUGUGGAACAUGACAUCAAGAUGUGUACAUUAGCUGAAGCAAGUUCACGGAUAAUAAACAUUUAUACAUUGUAUAAACUCCAAAUCACUCAUGUAGCGGACAGCAGUGUGUAGAUAUUGUUUUUUUAUGUAGACAAGAUAGCAACAUUAAGACUUAUGUCUCAUACAGUGUUUGCCUUAUACACAUCCACUGUUUGGUUACGGAUUCCGUCAUUAAGGACUGUUAUGUUUUUCUCAAUCUUUAGUUUUGCAUCAAGCUUUGUGGCCUAAUAAAAUUAGUAAUACAUAGCCAAUACAAAUAACAGUCUUUAAACAGGGCCUUUUUCCUCUUUUAUCAACAGUGGAUGUAACCAGAUUUAUUUCUUCUUUAUUAAAAUUUGUCUUUUGAAUGUAUUUUGUGUAAAGGAACAUGCCAGUUAAACAUAUUCCAAAGUAUUUCCAAAUCUAAUCUUUGCUCAACACAUGGUAAAUUACCACAAUCAUUUGCACAUAUAAACAAAGCAUCUGUUUUUGGAAAUUUGGUGAAACAAGGGGAGCAUCAGUCUCCGGACAUGGUAAGGCUAAAACUGGAUGAGCCCUGAUAUGGCCUUUCACUGUGGUACACUUGGCAAUUUAGACACUACUUGCCAUUUUAGUCAUGUCCAGCUUGCAAUUUGGGAAUUCCAUCUGAUAUUGUUACCUUUAUGAAUGCAGGUACGAUGUGUACAAGGGACCUCAAACACAUUGGAAGUUUGUUGCCUUGUCUGUCCAAGUAGCUAUUAGCACAGCAGAGCAGUUGUGCUACUGGUUGCAAACAUACAUUCACAGGUUAAAAUUGUACAAGUUUGAUCAUGGUGCAGAAUUUUGCCUGCAUUUUUCUUGCAAAUUAUAUUUCCCUCUGAAUUUUUUGAUGUAGAAUUGCUUAGCACUAAAAUUCCACUAACAUGAAUGCUCAUUUAGAAACCUGGUGUGAGUGGCAUCUAUAAGGAGAUGGGACUGUUGGGAUAUAUUCAGAUCUCAUGCUUUUUAUACAGAAAAAAAUCACAGAUCCAAACUAAACUAACAACACUAAUAAUGUUCCUUUAGUAAGCUAACUUUAGUUGUGCUGAGUUAUUAUCCAAAUCUAUCCUAAAUUGCUUCUAGUGUGUCACUGAUUCAUCCAAUUUAAUUACACUUACAGUAACUUCUCAGCAGUCUGGUCUCCACCUUCUUUGAUUUUUGCUAAUUUAAUAAUUUUAACUGGUUGUGAAAUAAACAUGUGCUUGGAGUCACUAAGUGCUUUUCUGUUUUUCACAUUUUCCCUUUGCAUUUGCAAUGAAAAAACCCUCUUCAGACUCGAAGACACAAACUACAUGGUUGUGAGAUACAGUAUUAGACUGCUGCACCACCUGAGUGCCCUGUCUAGAUGCUUUUCUUUAAAGUUUGAACUGUACUUUUGAAACCGACUGAAGAUAAUGGACAGAAUGUUGCCCGGGUUGUUUUUCAGGAUUACACGUGAAAUGUGCUGGUGGUUGGUAAAAUGAUGCUCAGUCUGAACCCUCGGUCCCCACCCCAACAGUCAGCUCGUAGCCAAACAAACUCCUAAUGCAGGAAUGAGUGUUUAAAUUAAUGUUUGUGGUAAUUGCUCAUGCUGUGGGUGAAGUAUUUAAUGUCUUUUGUGCUUAAUAACUUUCAUGACUCUUAGUUUUGGCCGCCUGUUUUAGGCCAGUGUAUAUUAUUUUCUGUUGUACAAUAUAAAAACCUUUAUCUAAAUAAACAUUUUACGUUUUUAUUA